AUGGACGUGCUGAGGAUGAAGGAGACCCCAUUGGAUUGGACCAUCGUCUCCGUCUAUACACCCCACAUCCAAAGCACCGUCUGGGCUGAGCCAGGUUCUGUGAUCCCCUGGGGGAUCCCAGUGACCAUCUGGUGUCAAGGGACCCGAAGGACUGAGAAGUACCUUCUGGAUAAGGAGGGAAGCCCCGUGCCCUGGGACAGAGGGAAUCCAUUGGAGCCUGGGAACAAGGCCAACUUCUCCAUCACACGCAAGACAGAGCAUGAUGUAGGGAUAUAUCGCUGUUACUAUCUCAGCCCUGAUGGCUGGUCAGAGCGCAGUGACCCUCUGGAGAUGGUGGUGGUGACAGGAUUCUACAGGAAACCCAGCCUCUCAGCCCUGCCCAGCCCUGUCGUGACCUUACGAAGGAGAGUGACCCUCCAGUGUGGCUCAUGGCAGGGAUAUGACAGGUUCCUUCUGACUAAGGAAGGAGAUCACAGGCUCUCCUGGACCCAGGACUCAGAGCCACACCCCACUGGGCGGUCCCAGGCCCUUUUCUCUGUGGGCCCUGUGACCCCCACUCACAGGUGGACGUUCAGAUACUAUGUGUUAAGGAACAGACCCUAUGUCUGGUCACACCCCAGUGAGCCCCUAGAGUUCCUGGUCUCAGGUGAGUCUGGGAAGCCCUCCCUCCUGAGCCAGCAGGGCCCCAUCGUGGCCUCUGGACAGAGCCUGACCCUCCAGUGUCACUCUGAUGUCGGCUAUGACAGAUUCGCUCUGUCCAAGGAGCGGGGACGGGACCACACCCAGAGCAUGAUUCCACUGGAAACUGCUAUAGUGAGAAGUUUCCCCUCUUGUGGGCACCACUCUGCAUGCCCUGUGCCCCCUGGAGGCCUCCAGGCCCUCAGUGCUCACCUGAGACUCAGGGGGGACCAUGGGCAGCUCAUGAGAAACUAG